AUGCUGAGCGCCGCCGCCGCAGAGAGGAACAAGGAGCCGAUCCUGGCGGUUCUCCGAGAGAGCGUGAACAUCGGGAGACCCCUGCAGGCUCUGGAGAUCUCCUCCGGUACCGGACAGCAUGUCACACACUUCGCUCAGGCCCUGCGGAAUAUAAUGUGGCAGCCCUCAGAGUAUGACCGACAGUCACUGGCCAGGUAAACACAGACAGAGUCUAUUCAUUAUUAUGUCUAUUUGAUGUAACCUGUUUUAUAUGCAGGUUGACAUAAGCUCAGGUAGAAGCUGUGCAGAAUUAUGAAUGCGUAACAAACCCCAAAACACGACUGGUGAGCAUUUACACCAGGUAUUACGGUAGUUGUGAAACUCCUACUGAUAAAGAACAAACGCACUUUCCUGGUUUAACGUCUGUUUUUGUGGAGUCUGCCUGCAUUAACAACAAUAAUGUCCUUUGUUUCCAUUCUCAGUAUAGAAGCGUACAGAGCUCACUACCAGCUGUACAAUGUGAGACCAGCCAUCCACCUGGAUGCUUCUCUGCCCCAUCAAUACUGGGGAGGUAUCCAGUCAGAGAGCCUCGAUCUGGUCGUUAACAUUAACAUGAUCCACAUUAGCCCCAUGGCUUGCACAGAGGUAGGACUGUUACAGAUGUGUACAUUAUAUACACACUUCCAGUUUUGAUUAUUUUGUUUUUUCAAGUAUUCCCACAACAACGUUAUCUGACAAUGGAGUGGAUUAUCUAUGGAAAAAUGUGUAAUUUGUGGCAAUUUUAAAUGGAAAUAGGGUAAAUUUGUCUGCAUUUCCAACAUUUAAUACACUUCUGAGGCACAAAAUCAAUUGGAAGUGUUAAAUGUCGUCUCAGCAGCUAUAGUCAUCUGUAUUUGGGCAUGUGACAUUGAGCAGACAAACAAAACAGAGUCUGAAGGCCUUUGAUUUGUUUUACAAUGAUUAUAAUUGGUUUAUAUGAAGUAAAAUCUCACCUCUGACUGAUGCCUUUGAACAGUCUUUGUGUUUUCUGUAGGGCCCUCCUUGCUGAUUAAUCAAAGUCUGUAUACCUUUUAAACCCAGUGCCCCUGACAGGCAAUAGCAAUGAAUUAUUUUCAUGCAGAUGAAUUUUUUACACUAACAUAAGUAAAAGCCUAAACUGUGAUGUCAUCAACCCAGUCAUAGAUAACCUUCAUCAACUCAUGAAAGCAGACAUUAGCCAGCAUAUGCUACCCUUUAUACCAGACCGAACAAAGCUACAGUGUUUAAAACUUGUAGUUUAUUGAAUUGGAGACGAGGGUUUGAUUGCUUAUAUAUGCAACUCUUCAUUUGAAAGAGAAGGACUGUGUUAUUUCUGGAGGGCUGGAGUAGGUGUCAUUCCUCCCACUCACCCUCCUACCAUGUGUGAUGUAAUUCUAGUGCCUUGAUGCAUCUCUAUUCUUUUCCAGGGUUUAUUCAAAGGGGCUGGGGCAAUACUGAAGCCACAGGGUCUUCUAUUGACGUACGGAGUGAGUGAAACAGCAUUUGAUGUUGUUAAGAGCAUGUACCUACUGUAUUUAUGGAUUUUCUCACAGUUACUCACAUUUAAAUAUCAUAGAGCAGUAUUUUGUGCUACCUAAUACACCUUGUCUGUUCACACAGCCGUAUGCAGUAAAUGGUCAUAUCAGUCCUCAGAGUAAUGUGGACUUUGACUACAGCUUACGGCAGAGGUAAAGUGUUUUAUUAUUUCAGAUGCUUUGUGUGAGUUAACUGUGAUAUAAAAAGAUCUUAUGUUCAAAGAGAUGCAAAGGUGAUGGUGUAUGGAUUAAAAUUAUCCUGUUUUACCUUUACAGGAAUCCAGAGUGGGGACUCAGAGAUAUCUCCCUCCUCAGUCAUAUAGCACAAAGUAGUGGUUUAUUCUUGGAGAAAAUAGUAAGUCAGCUGCCUAUUCAACAUAUAUCUAUGUCUGAUAUGUUAAAAGAUGAAAACAUCAUCAUCAUUCUUGUAUGAUUUUUUUUUUUUUUAGUUAAUUUUUUGUUUUUUUUCUUCUAGAUUGACAUGCCUGCGAACAACAAGUGUCUUCUCUUCAGGAAGGAGAGUUUGGUGUGA